CUCACGGCCAACCUCUCCCAUAACGUCCCCCCUCUUCCGCCCCCUCCCUCUUACCUUUCCCCGCGAGACACAUUCCCUCUUUUGAAGACCCGUACGAUCUUGAGUAGUCAGAUCGACUCUACGACUUUUUGAAGAGGUCUUCUAUCGUCACUGCAAACCAAGUACACAAUGUGGUGUGACAACUGCUUGCUCCUAUUCCCCUUGAGGGCAGGCUCCAUGGCUUGGGCACUGUUCGUCGCGGCCUACAGCUUGGCAGGCAGCCUCUUCCUCUUGAUCUACGGACAAUACCUGUUCUUCGUCUAUCCGGAAUGGUUUAUCUACGGUGGUAUCGGUAUGGCGGUUACCGCGAUUGCACUCAUCAACACAAUUGCUCUGUCCAAUCGGUCAUACGUUUGGACCAGGGUCUGCAAGUUCCUCUGGCCCUUCCUCAUCGUCAUUUGUGGAGUCAGAGCCGUCUUGAUGAUUGUGCAGCUCCAGCGCGGCAAGGACAAGAUCACAUGGGAGUGUGAGAACGGUGGCAUGCUGUGGGACGACGACUACGAGACGACCGUGUCAAUGCCGUCUGGGUUCUGUACGACGGGGUUCUCGAGUAUCAACGUCGCGUUCAUAAUCUCGCUACUUGUGGACCUCGGCUGCCAGAUGUACAUGUUCUUCUUGACAUGGCGUUUCCAGAAGCGCCUGGAGCACUACCGCGAAAUGAAGGGGCCCUACAUGGGCGGCUACUACAACGCAUAGUCGAACUGCGCUUGGGUUCGAACACUGUCGCUGCUCUGCUUCUUUCCCCUCUUCUUUCACUGUCCGACCUUCUCUAUCUCACGACCCUACUCACGACCUAUCACUAAUGACCCUGUAAUGACCCUCUUAACGAACAGUGUUGUAUCCUUCUGGAUGUUUGUUCUACCAUCUGCGUUGCGCGUACUUUAUUCCUACUAUUGUCCUCCCCGCAUCGCCGGACGGUACUGUCUGCGGGCUAGCUUCGCCUCUAAUGACCCGAGAUCAGCUUGCAAGACGUACUAUCGCCUAUCGCUGUGCCACAGAAGGAACUGAGCUCGUGAUAGCGGGGAGAAUAUGACGUGGAUUACGGCGUACAUUGGAUUGGAUCUUUCGCGUACGCCUGAUCGAGAAUGGAAGAGCUAUGAGUAUGCGACUGCAGCGGAGUACCAGGAGCUAGGGCC